AUGCCGUGCUACUUGAGUGCUGCUACUGCUCGUAGUGGUACUGCUAGUGGUGGUCGUAGUAGUAGUGCUACUUGUGGUACUGCUACUGCUUGUGGUAGUGGUACUUGUGGUACUACUGCUGCUCGUAGUAGUACUACUUGUAGUACUGCUGCUACUUGUUGUAGUACUUGUAGUGGUAGUGGUGCUACUGCUAGUGGUAGUAGUACUACUUGUAGUACUGCUGCUACUCGUUGUAGUACUAGUGGUGGUAGUAGUAGUAGUAGUGGUACUGGUGGUACUGGUGGUACUACUGCUUGUGGUACUAGUGGUGGUAGUAGUAGUACUACUUGUAGUACUUGUGGUAGUAGUAGUAGUGCUGCUGGUGGUACUGCUACUACUAGUAGUAGUACUGCUAGUGGUAGUGCUACUUGUGGUACUAGUGCUGGUGGUAGUGGUACUUGUAGUACUGCUGCUGCUUGUAGUCUUAGUGGUGGUAGUAGUAGUAGUGCUAGUUGUGGUACUACUGCCGCUGCUCGUAGUAGUAGUGGUGGUGGUGGUCGGUAUUGCUAA